AUGCCACCCGUUGCCAAGCGUGAUGAUAUCUCGAAGGUGGUUCGCACAAGUCAUGAGGUCCGGAAUCAAGGUUCCAGUACUGUACACCAGAUUGUUGAUACCGACACUGAAUAUGUAUUCAACGUGACGACCACCGACAACGAUGGCGAAGUACAAUGUGAAAUAGGAGGCGUUACCAUUUCGGCUGUAAUCGAUUCAGGGUCGAAAUAUAAUCUACUGAGCGAAAUCAUUUGGCAGCAGAUGAAGUCCAAAAAGGUGGUUGUGAAUAAUCAAACACGAGAGGUGUCAAAGAUUUUCAAAGUUUAUGGCGGACAGGAAUUAGUGGUACUCAGUGCAUUCACUGCAACCAUCAAAGUGGGAGAGAGAAUCACAUCGGCUAAGUUUUAUGUUGUAAAAGGAAAUGGAAAGAUUCUGAUUGGUCGCGAUACGGCAACGGUUAUGGGAAUCUUGAAGAUAGACGCUGCGGUUAAUGAGAUUAACGCGGAAGACAAAGCUAGUCCUUUGGGAACCAUAAAGGACGUUGUCAUCGACAUUCCCAUCAUGACAGAUGUUGUUCCAGUCAUCCAGCCAUAUCGACGCAUUCCUGUUGCAUUGGAAAAGCUAGUGGACAAAAAACUUGAUGAAUUGCUGAACAAAGGAGUUAUCUAA